CACACUGAAAGUUCAAACUUAAAACAAAGACCAGAGCCAGUGUCGGAGGCAUCUGAUGCUGCACGGGGCAUAAUCAGCUCCUCUGAGAGCGGAGAGGAGAAGCAGGAGGACCCCGACAUACCGGCAUACCGCCAGAGAUAAGACUUCAAGAGGAAACCGUCGCCAAGACGACCUGACGGAAGUUCACCAUGAGUAUGACCGGUACUCUAGAGAAGGGGGCCCACCACCAGGCCCUGGACCUUUCUGAGGAACUGCCGCCGCAUCACCACCAUCCCCACGGCAACCACCUCCAGCAUCUCCACCACUCCAACUCGCUGGCCUCCACCGCCGUCGUGGGCGGAGGCGGAGAAGCGCCCUCGCGCGCCGUCGUACCCCCUCCUUACUCCGCGGCUGAGAGCGGCGGCGGGGGGGGGAGGGGCGGCGAAGCGCCCCUGGAGCUGCGGGGGUCCCUGGACUGCUGGGCCUGCUCCGUGCUGGUGACGGCCCAGAACCUGAUCAUCGCCACCGUCAACGCCUGCCUCGCCGCGCUGGUGUUCGGCACCAUCCUGACGCCGGCCAUCGUCAUGGUCGUGUUUGGCUUCCUGUGCCACUCCACGGUCCGGCCUCACGGGACGACCCCCCACUGCUCGGACCUGCUGACCGACGGGGGCUGCGUGGCCCUGCUGGUGGUGGGCUUUCUCCUGGUCACCCCUCUGCUGGUGCUGGCGCUGGCCGCGUACUGCCGCCUGGCCCGGCACCUCCAGCUGGGCCUGUGCUUCAUCCCGUACAGCCGGGCCGUGUACAAGAACCUGCCGGCCACCCGACACCGGGGCGCCGGCUGCUGCGGCGGCGGCGGCCGAGACGGAGCCGACGGUGGCGGGAAAGGAAAGGUGUGGGUGUGAGA